AUGAUUAAGAGAAAGGAGAUUAUUGCAAAGAAUAAAAAAAAGGUCUAGAUUUAAAAUAAACCUUAAUUAAUCUUCAACAUAAAAAGAAGACUUAAUGAAUAAGCUUUUGAUAAUAUAUGUAUAUUUAAUAAAAUGAUGAUUAAUAGUUUUUUCUAAUGAAGAAGAAAUGAUAAAAUUUUUGUAUUCUCGUAAGUAAAAAAGGUUGAAUUUAGAUGAACUAGUUGAAAAUCUUUCAUUAAAUGAAAAGAAAGAAAAAAUGUAAAAAAAUGUUAACUCUUAAAUUAGUGUGGGGUUACAAAGAAUAUCAUUGUAAGAUAUAAAUCAAAACAUAAAUUUUGAUUUUAAAGAGACAGUUGAAAAAAGUUUAAUAGAGUUUAAAAGAGACAGCUUUGUUACAAAAUUCAGAACAGACUUUAGAAAUAAAUUAUUAUCAGAAAAUAGAAAAAAAGUAAUAAUUUAUAGCUAGUUAUUUUAGAUAAUAAUAUAAUUAGAAUAGAAUAAGAAUUAGUUAAUAAGUGUAGAUGAGAAAACAUAUUAUGAAUAUGAAGAGGACUAUUAUAUAAUACAAAAAUUAGAAAAGGAGAAUGUGAAGUCAUAAAUAACUAUGAAAAUUGAUACUAAAUAAAUUGAAAGGUAGAUUGAAGAAUAAUAAUUUGAGAAUGAAACUGAGAAGAGUUUUGAUAGUGAGAAUUCUUAAAGAACUGAUUAUGAUGAUUAUGAUAGUUUAGAUGAAGAUACUUCAUUAUAAGAGGAAUAUGAGGAAGAAUAUUAUUCAGAUGGAGAUAACGAUGAUUCGAUAGAUUAUAAGAGAAUUUACUAAAAUUAGAUUCCUUUUAAUUAAGAUGAUAUAGAAAUAGAUGAUAAGGAUGAUGUAAAGUAAGAAAAUUAAAGCGAAAUUUUCACGAUUUUUAUUAAAUAACAUGAAAAGUUUAUUAAAGAUUAAAAGAAUGAAGUUUAUUAAUUUUUAUGUUGA